CAUCAAUUGCUCACACUACCUAGAUACAGGUAGGUAAAUAUCAUACAAAUUUAAUCAAAUUCUCUCAGGGGAUGUCCGUAAUAUGUGAAUGGGGAAAUUAAAAGCCAUCCAGUCCUCGUCUAUUCCGUUUUUACGGUCAGGUAUCCUGCCUUCACCUUUCUUUUUUGCUAGCUCAUCGAGCUUAGGCAAUGUUAGCAUCUCAAACGAGGUCGGAUGGGAUGUUAUGAAGACCUUGAUGAUGUCUUGGCACGAGUGGUGCAUUGCAGCAGGGACCGUUAGCCGUAUGUUAUUCAUGAAGUGUGCCUUGAUCCUUGGAAGGGUCCCUAUUGGAUCCUUCUGCGGAGGAAUAGCUUGGUAUGUGCUGCGAAGGAUGUUCCUGACUUCCCAGCAAGGGCCCAGGUCGUACACAUAUUGCUAUUCAGGAUAUUAUAUCCACAUACUUAGCCAAGCAAAGUGGACCGAUAAUUGUUCGGCGGCUCAUCCUCAUAUAUAUAUUGUUUUGGGAAAUAUAUUAACCUUCGGGGUGUGCGGGGGCCAAGUACGCUGUAUACCUUCGUAUGUAACUGUGUGCUCUACUCCGCCGUGCGGUAGUUUAGUUUAAGCCUUGCGAACGCCUAGGUGGGCAUUGCUGAUAUCAUACGUUAGACACACCGAUUUUUCUAGAGUAUUAUAAUUUUCUAGAAUAAUAUCCCUCUGGU